UGUAGCAACAGGAAACAAGCCUCUGUGCAAUCGGGGAACCGAAGUCAGGUGCAUACAACACGCCUGGAGCGAGCGGCCGACCAAUCGCGGCCGCUCGCCGCGCGACCUAACCUACCGGGGGUUGACACCACGUAAACGAUAAUGUCGACGUUAUCGGAAUCCGAUCGGAGUCGACCGUGCGGCGGCCGCGAUCGUGUCAGAUCGGCGUCAGUCGUUGAGUCGCGCCGAUCGUAGGCCGGAUGGGACGCUAGCAGCCACGCAGCCCCCGAUGUUCCCGGCGCGCGAUUCUCACCCCCGGCCGGCGUAAUCGAUAGCCGCCGCGGCAAAACCGCGCUGCGUCGCGACUAAUGGGGAACGAAAGGAGCGCCCUGCGCGGCCUCGAGAUCGAGGACAAAGCCGUCGAGGUCACGGACUACUGGAUGCACUACGAUGCGUGCGUGCACGACUCGAGCACGCAGAGGCUGUCCGUCUUCAUCAGCGAGCCGUCCCUCCACUUCACGGCGACGUUCGGCAGACCGUCGCCGUUGGAGCGCGCGGCGAAGAACUUUAUGCUGCAUCGGCAUCCCUGUAUCCUGAAGUACAUCUCCUCGUGGAGAAAAGGCGGCAAGUUCUUCCUCGCCACGGAGGAGGCCAGGCCGCUGAUCCAGGUCAUCGAGAAGCAGAGCAUACUGCAGAUCUGUAUCGGUCUGCACAGCAUCCUACGCGCCUUGGUAUUCCUGCACGAGACCGCACUGGCGUCGCACAACAAUGUGUGCAGCAGUUCCAUCUACGUCACCGCCGAGGGGUACUGGAAGCUGGGUGGACUGGAGUGCCUGUGCAAGUUCGCGGACGCGACGCCGACGUAUUACCAGCGAAUAAAGAGCUACCGAUACGAGAAGGCGAUAUCGCCGAGCGAGGACGUAGCCGAUCUAAUUAAAGCCGCUAAUCUCACUGCGAUCGAUUCGUACGCGUUUGGAGUGCUGGCGGAAGACGUUCUGAAGACUUUACAAGACACAGAUGGAGCACCGAAUUUGCUGGAAUUCCGCGAGUUUUGUAAGAAGAAUCUGCAGAAUCCGGACGCGUGUCUGAGAAGCGGGCUGUUGAAUGUGCUGCAGCAUUCGUUCUUCACCCACGAGUUUAUAAGGAUACACGCGUUUCUGGAAGAGCUGCCGCUAAAAACCGACGUCGAGCGGGAAGAGUUCUUCACGAAAUUGAGACAGCAAUUGCAGAUGUAUCCCGAGGCCGUUGUUGCCGAGCAAUUAGGCAGAGUGCUUCUUUCCAGGAUAGUUUUGUUGGAUAGCACUGCCCAAGUAAAACUUUUACCUUUUAUCUUUAAGCCCAAAGAUGAGAAAAACGAUUUGGGGACUAGUCUAUUUACAGUUCCUACUUUUAAGAGUAUCUUAGCACCGAGAAUUCUGCAAAUGUUUUGCAUCCGAGACGUCUCUAUUCGUUUGCUGCUGCUGUCCCACUUCAAUUCGUUCGUUCACGUGUUCGAGGCGGACGAGCUGAAGAACCACAUACUUCCCGAGCUGCUCGUCGGGAUAAAGGACACCAACGACGAUCUCGUCAGCGCCACGCUAAGGGCGCUGGCCGAUAUAGUACCGAUCCUGGGCGCGGCGACGGUUAUCGGCGGCAACAGGGGGAAAUUGUUUACGGACGGCCGGCCGAAUAAGAAGAUGGCUCGUAACAAAGACCUCGAUGUUAUUAGGAAGGCUUUGACGUUCACGCAGGAACCCGUCUUCGUGAAUAUAGACGAGAGUAACGUGCACCUGGCGGAGAGGCCGUCGCCCGACGGCGGCGAGGAUAAGAGGGAGAAGGAAUUCUCGUUCGCCGAGGAGGAGUGCACCUGGUCGGACUGGGAGACGCAGGAGUCGGCUGGGAGCGGCCGUUGUCCCGCGGAAGAGGCUCCCCCGGACAACGUGCAGGCGGAGGCGCAGGAGCCGCGCGACGCGGACUCGUCCUCGACUCCGCCCCCGCCUGAAUUACCGUCGAGCGCCGAGAAGCCGAGGUACACGAAGAAACUAGUGAUCUCCGACAUCACCGAGCUCGACAUAAAGCAUUCGAAGGCGAUAAGAUCCCCGAGGGAAGAGAUAGACUUCUUCACGGAUAUGGAGCCCGUGAUACGGAAGACGCAGGUCCUGCACGUGCCGGAGGUGCACUCGCCGAAAAGCAUGUUCGACGUGAAGGCGUCCGGCGCCGCUUUGGAGGAGCACGACGUUAACGGCUGGGGGGAGGACCUGAGCGACUUGAGCAUAGACGAUGCGUACGAACUGGCGGAACAGUGAGCGCG